AUGCCACACAAACCUUUGCUUUGGCUCCUGCUCCUAGUUCCAGAGUUUUUCCGUGAAUGCGAAAGCGAGAGCCAAGAUUUGCGGGAACUGUGGGACUGCAAUCGGAGCACCGCGGCAUCGACGGACAGCUCAGGAAGCAAACGGUUCCUUCUCAAGGACAGCAACGACACCGUGCUGAGGCACCUGUUCAGCCUGUUCCUAGACUUGCACCAGCGCUCACACGACGUGGAUGCCGUGACCCCGGAACCCUCCCGUCAGGCGUCCUCCAGUCCCAGAAAAUUUAGGGCAGGUGCGAGCAACCGCACAGGCAGCACCAACGAGACUGGCACCGAGUUUGGCGCCCCUGUGGCCAGCGACCCGUCCGUCGAGGACGUGGCCGUACUCGUGUCGGUGCUGCUCACCACGUUGCUGGUCUUCCUCUGCUUCCUCGUCCUGCUGGCUGUCAAGUGCUGCGCCGAGCUGUGCUGCAUCGACCUGCUCUACUGCAUGUCCUACCGCUGCCGCAAGUCUCCGGACCAAGUAGUGGUGCUCCAAGUGGUACCCAACGCCCGGUCCCUGGAACGUCUUCUGCACCACAACGCCCGGUCUGAGCAGUAA